CAGUUGUGCCAUUUCAUAACCCGUUUCAUGUUCAGUGUAUUAAAUAGUCUGGGCAGGGUCGUUUCUCGUAAAGUAUCAAGAAAUAUCAAUCAAAUGGAGCAAGUUCUACCCCAUUUUGCCGAGGGUGAAGUUGUUAAAGGUUUUGGUAGAGGAAGUAAAGAGUUAGGAAUACCAACUGCUAACUUUCCAGACAAUGUUGUAGACAAUUUACCAGAAUGUAUAGGUUGUGGUGUUUAUUAUGGUUGGGCGAAGGUUGAUCAAGGUUCAGUUUUUAAAAUGGUCAUGAGUGUUGGGUGGAAUCCAUAUUAUCAAAAUAAAAAGAAGACAAUGGAAACGCAUAUAAUACACGCAUUUGUAGAUGAUUUUUAUGGUUCACAUUUAAAAGUUGUUAUGUUAGGUUAUAUCAGAAAUAUGAAGAAUUUCAGUUCUCUAGAGGAACUGAUAAAAGCCAUAGAAUCUGAUAUAUCUAUAGCUAAAGAUAAACUAGAUGAACCAGAAAAUAUCAUGUUCAGAGAUCACAAUUUCUUUGAAAGUUAACAACUUCUACAGAUAUACCAAUAUAGAAAAUAAGGGGCCACUUGAUUGGUUUUUUCUGUAACUAAAUUAUAAACAAAUUUAAACACAUGACUUAUAGCCUGUUUCUUUGAAAUCAGGAAAUACAUUUGAGUUUUGACAAAUAUUCAUUGCAAGAUUUUAUUAAGAAACAGGGGACUGGGUUAUUGUGUUGUAU